AUGGAUUCUCCCAUGCCCAACCCGCUCGCGAGUAUCGGUAUCUGGCCGAUUCGUGGACAAGGUCUUCAUGUGGUGUAUCUCCAGACCUACAUCCUUUCUCUCCUGUGCUUGUCGUUUAUGUUCUCUUGGCGGUUCAUGUCGAUCUUAGAAGUGGAUUGA